GGCUGUAAAUAAACCCCUUAAAGUCAAGCCCUUUAAAUAAAAAUGAGGCUGGACAUGAAGCAAAGUGAGCAGGAACGUCAUUUGCCUGAACUGAACUUGGUGUGGUGACCCAAGUCGGUCAGCGAAAGUUGGCUUGUGCUUCCGUUCGACAAAGAACAUGAUGAACGCAGUAGUUGUAUCAACUCUUCUUCUCGUUCUGGUUUCUCUUGUUUCCGGAGAAACUACAGAAAACUCGAAUUUAAACGCUACAGACACUAUCGACCAUACAGUUUCGCAGCUUUUGGAAAUUGGGAARUUCAAGCAUCAUAACUAUGCUGAAAUGACAUGGUUUUUGGAGUACUUUGCUAAGAAAUACAAAGACAUCACACGACUUUAUUCAAUAGGCUACAGCGUACAGAACCGUAARCUYUGGGUCAUGGAAAUCAGCGAUCAACCAGGCAUCCAUGAACCUGGCGAACCUGAGAUGAAAUACAUCGGUAACAUACAUGGUAAUGAGGUAGUCGGACGAGAACUUCUUCUCCAACUUAUAAGUCAUUUAUGUGAGAAUUACAAGAAAGAUCUACCUAUAACAAAGCUUGUUGAUAAUACUAGGAUCCAUAUUCUACCGAGCAUGAACCCGGACGGCUACGAACUCGCAUCAGUACGUGGACAUUCYCAUAAAAUCCUUGGRMGAAGAAACGCGCAYGGGGURGACUUGAACCGAAACUUCCCGGAUCAAUUCUUUCCAAGCUCUAACGGUCCGCCUCAACCGGARACUAGAGCGGUCAUGAAAUGGAUUAACGACUACCCGUUUGUCCUAUCGGGGAGUUUACAUACCGGGGCUUUGGUUGCUAUUUACCCGUAUGACGAUUCCCCGUCCGGCCAAAGUCUAUACAGCGCUACCCCGGAUGAUGACGUAUUUCGACAUUUAGCAAAGACUUAUUCUGAUGUCCACCCAGUUAUGCACYUAGCCAAUCCAAAAUGGAAUUGCUCCAAUGUGAAAGAGCAGAAUUUCAUCGAUGGGAUAACGAACGGAGCGAGCUGGUUUAGUAUUUCAGGUGGAAUGCAGGAUUAUAACUAUGUACAUUCCAAUGAUUUCGAGGUGACUAUUGAGGUUGGUUGCGAGAGAUUCCCAAAGGCUGAGAAACUGAGAAAAUACUGGGACGAUAACAAGAAAGCGUUGAUUAAUCUGAUGGAGCAGGUACAUACGGGCAUUCACGGGUUCGUCAAGUCAACCAAAGGAAUCCCAAUCAAGAACGCCGUCGUGCGGAUCGCUGAUCGUCGACAUGACGUCACAACGGCCACGGACGGGGAUUACUGGAGACUACUAGUACCAGGCUCCUAUGACGUCACCGCGUCCGCCAAAGGCUUUGAGCCACAGACUAAAGUAAUUGUGUUGAAAGGUGGCGAGGUUGAAAAGUACGUUAACUUUACUCUGAGGUCUUCGGACGAGCUGCAGCCGAAGUUUGGGAGAAACAGUGACUUUGUCUCACGCGUGCUGAACGGAGAAGACUUCAUGAUGGACUUGUCACCAGACAAAAGAGAACAUGGAUUCUUACACAAACAACAUGGCGAUCGUGAUGAAUUUACACAACCACCAAUUAAUCCUAGRUCUGAAAUCAACGAUAUUAGCGACGGUAUGAGUGGGCAAUCGAUUCUCGAUGAAGCUGAACAAUCCGGCGAAGAAAUCGGAGACAUCGAAGAACCGUCGGCGAAAACCACGAAAAGCGUCCCAGAAUCCUUCUCUCUGGAGAACAACAGCAGCCUUGCUCAGGCAUUAGAGCCAGCGGCUACCCCUAUGACAACAGUUGAAAGAAGUAUUCAAACAACACAGGCAAAAACUUUACCGACAACCUUACCGACAACCCCACCGACAAUCAAGAAAAAGAAGAAAGCUAAAAAGCCAAAGAAAACUAAACACAAACAUUUCAACGUCGCCAAAACAGAUAAACAUUAUGUGAAAUAUCUCGGAUCUAAAGUAGCGUGUAGGAUCUCCAAGAAAAAGGCUUCAAAGACUGGGGUCCUUCGCUGGGUUGGAUAUUUAUCGAAUUUCCCUCAUAAGAUCAUUGCUGGCGUUGAGCUUGAUGACUUCGAUAGACUGGGUACAAACGGUUCAUAUCAAACUAAACGAUAUUUCAUCACGAAGCCUGGGCACGGGUAUUUCUUUCAGUUGAAGCAGUGCAGAAAAAUCAGUACGGUAUCACGUGGUUAGAUGAUGGUCACGUGGUUAGAUGAUGGUCACGUGGUUAGAUGAUGGUCACGUGGUUAGAUGGUCACGUGGUUGGAUGGUCACGUGGUUAGAUGCUCACGUGGUUGAAUGGCAAGAGACAUUAAUGCUUGCUUUAAUGACUUUCAUUGCUCAAAAUGAUCAGUGUUAUUCAAGUUGAAUUCACUACAAAAUCGAAACUUUUUGUGGCAACUAUACUGACUUAAGAACAUAUGUUCUCGAUUUGAAAUCCGAGUAAAUACAACAUUUUGUAGAUUUAUGAUUUUUAUAUUUAUCUAGAAAGUAGCUUAAUAAAGCUUUGUAUUUCAUAA